AUGUCGACCUCUCCUUCCCCAAAGCGCGGGGGAGAGGCUGAAUAUCCCACCGUCUCAACGCAGCCGUCGCAUCUCUCUAUCCACCACUAUGAGCCCAUCGACGACGAUUCGCAACCCAUCGCCUUCUCCACCAAUGGAUCGACGGGCGACGUUAGGAGCUUUGUUUACAGUGAUACGGGCGCUGAAUCUUCUCGAACUGCGUUGCUGCGACCGUUGUCACGGCCUGCAGACACAGACGAGCUCGAAGAAGCCGACAGUGAUGGGGCGUCCGAGUUCGACGCAUUCAUGCGCAAAGGCCGUAUAGAAGUAGGUCAAGCAUGGGACGACAGUAGCGAUGAAGAGGGUCAAGGACAGGCAGCUCUGCAUGAAGAUCGAACCUUGCCCCUUGCCGCUACAGGCAACAGCGCGGCGCGGAGGAGGAGGAGCAAAGUGAAACGAGGGCAGUCCGAGUCAGUGCUCCAGUCUUUGCGACCAUCUAGAGAGCAUCGCAGAAUAUGGUGGAAGCUCCUCACCAACCCGAGCACACCAGCCAGUCUUUCGGCUCCUCAUGUCUCCGCCAACCUCUUUUCCGCCAGCCUUCAUCCUGCAGUGCUACUCUCCAUGCCGCACUACUUUGCACGCACCGGGGUACCGGUAGGCAUCGUAGCGCUGGUGGGAGUUGCAGUGCUUGGCGGUGUCGGUGGUGGCCUAUGGGUCGUUCUCAGUCGAUACGUCAAUGGCAGCUCCAUUGAAGCGAUCGUAGGAGCGAGUUUCGGCAGGUACACGCCAUGGAAGGGUGGUCUUGGCAGGGUCGUAUCAGGACUGCUGCUGGCACUGUAUGCAACCGGAAGCGCCAUCAUUGGCUACUUUGCGCUUGCCGACCUGCUCCUCCAAGUGUUUUUUAACUAUGCACCCAGGGGCGUGCCGCUUCACGAUCGAGCGUUUGUGACACUGGUGGUUGGAGGCCUCAUCUCGGUGCCCCUGGUUAUCUUUCCGCUUGCCAAGCGCAACAUCAUCCGCCUCAACACAUUUUUUUCGUUGGCGUUUUACCCGAUUAUUGUAACUAUCGUCCUCGUCAAGAUUUACGCCAGAUCACCGCCACUUGGGACCGAUUCGACCUUUCACCACACGGUAUCAGAUGUGCACUAUAAAGGUGUGUACGACACCGAAAGACGCAGCCGAUCCCCGAACAUGAACCCAUUCUAUCCGCCCUCGAUCUGGGCGCCUAUCUCACUGCUACCGCUCUUGACGUUGAGCGCUUGUCCGCUGCAAAUUCUGGCGCAUCAGCGUAGUCUGCGACGUAUCGGAACGUCGCGCUCCAACGUCAAAGCAUUUCUCGGCGCACAAGCGGGACAAGUCUUCUUCAUCAUUGUCAUGGCUAUCCUAUUUGGUAUCGUGGCCGGGGUGAACGGUGUGCAGGGCAAAUUGCGCAAGGAUGUGCAUCCCAAUUUGUUUGCAUCGCUUCCGAGCAACGACGACUGGAUCAAUGUAGCCAGGGUUCUAUUCGUGGCGAUCCUUGCCACACAUCUGGCCAUCUGUUUGACAACAGCGCGCUCUUCCUGGGGUCGACUGCUGCGGCUGCUCAACCUGAACCCGCUGCGCAGGCGCCAACAACCCAUCGAGCUUCCAGUGGACGAUGCAGAUGCCAGUGCGUCUGCAGUCGGGCCACAAGCGACAGGGAGCAAUGCGGCGCAGGGCGGGUCAUCCAUUGGAAAAUGGAAGCGAAAGUGGGGAAAGCCGGCCAGGAAUGCCCUUGCGGGCGUGUUGCUAUGGGGAAUCACUGCCUCAAGCGCCUACCUCUCUGGUGCCGGAGGCUUCCGAAGGAGCGAGAAAGAAGGCGAAGAAGCAAGAUUCACACGAGCUGCCGAGGUGCUUGGACUAAUGGGGGCCGCCGUCGGCUUCGUGAUGCCUGGUCUGGUCUGGAUGAUCCUCUUCCACAUCCGACGUCCAAGAGCCAUCCUUCCGCCCUUUGCAAGCGAGAUUGGAAAAACUGCGUCAGCCUACUUUUCCGGUCCACUCUCCCUGUUGGCACGCAACCGUCGGUUCCUUUUUGGAUCUCGAGAGGGAGACGGUGGAGGAGCCGACAGACAGCCGCUGCUAGGCGACCUGCAUGAGCAAGGAGAGGAUCUGUCUGAAGCGAGGCAGCCUAAGACGAACGAGCACGGGCAACAAGCAGCAGCUACAGUCGGCGUGUCGGCAACUCAUCUACACGGCUCGAACCGACAUAGUACAUCAAUCCAUUUAGACCAAGAGUCGGCCUCGAUCCCAAGUCAUCUCACCGAGCAGAACAGCGACGACAUGGACGAAGCCACGACCAUCUUAUUGGCACGCAAGGAGCGCGAAAUGCAGCGGCGCACUCGUGGAAAGCGCAUCUACCAGGAUGUAGUCGUCUUUGCUGCGGUUCUUCCGUUUGGCUUCGCGCUGCUCAUCUUGGGUGCCAUCGAGUUGCACCGUGGCGGCUAUUGA